GUACGUAGGGCCGGCAACUCGAAACGAAUACCUAACGCGUCUACGGACGGUCGUACGGAGUGCUUUAUCUUUUGUUCUGUGGUUUUUAAAAAAAUGUGUGAUUGAUAGAUUUCACACGUGGGUUAAUUCGUUGCUGUGUUUUGGGGAUUGUUUUGGGAGUUGGCGUCGCCUAUCAAAUAACCAUUACUGGUCGAUGAUAAGCCGCUCAAAGGUCUGACCCAGCAACAAGACCCCUACAUUAAGACCGCAGAUAAAAAUGGCCUGUAACUGGGCACUGGGAGACGUCAGCGUCCCUUGGUUGCUGUGGCAACGCGUCUCGACCCAAUAUGGCUGAUCUUCACGACGCGGCCACGGUAUCGUAUGACGCAACGAUCCGGCUGUAUUUUAAAAUCUUCAAACGUUCGACAGGCCUCGACUAACGAUUGAAAUUUUAGAACAAGUUUUCCUUGCCUUUUUGUGCGCUCGUUAAUUUUUCAUGAGAAGUGCCAUGAACACAUCAUGAAACUAGAAACGAUUGCUGGAACUCUAGAUGAUGCUGGUGGAUUUUUCUCGCGGGUUGACCUUAAGGUCAAACGGCUGAUUUAAUCAAGUCUUUCUAUUGGAUUUUACAAUUUUAAUUCUGUCGUCUGCUGGUGUCAGGAGAAGAUAAUACCCGAGGAUUUAUGUUCAGAAACAAAGAGUUAUCUUUUUAUAACAGUUGAAAUGAGCGCUAGAACAUUUGGAUUCAUCUGUUUGAUAUUGAUGGUGACGUCGACAGUCGGUGAGCGCUGGAGCGAGUGGUCCCCCUGGAGUGAGUGCUCGAGGACAUGCGAUGGCGGCGCCACCUACCAGGAGCGCACGUGCAUUAAGGAAGACGAGUCCAACUCGACCUGUGAGGGGGAGAGGUUUCGAUACAACACGUGCAAUAAUGACCCUUGCCCGUCCGACUCAGUUGAUUUCCGUGCCCAGCAAUGUGCAGCCUUCAACAACGCGACCUACGGGGGGAAGCUCUACACCUGGCUCCCCUACACGGACAGGAAGAACCCAUGCGCCCUCUACUGUAUCCCAAAGGGGACUCGAACCGUGGUGCGGCAGGCCCCUAAAGUACUGGAUGGUACCCGGUGCAAACAGAACGCCUACGACAUGUGCAUCACUGGGAAAUGCUGGACAGUAGGUUGUGACCACCAGCUGGACUCCCCACUGACCCAGGACAUGUGUGGGGUGUGUGGGGGCAACAACUCGUGUUUAAACAAUGGCACCAAGGGACGCUACCAGUGGGUGGAGAUUGGCCUGACCCCAUGUUCCGCAUCCUGCGGUGUAGGGACCCAGGUGUACCAGUACCGCUGCAAGGAUCGACCCACGGGCAACCAGGUGCCCGAGGCACGAUGUGCUAAGUCACCCCGACCCAACGAACGGGAGAAGUCAUGUUACAGACGCCAGUGUCCUCCAGUAUGGAAGAUAUUUCUCUGGCAACCGUGCUCGGUCAGCUGUGGGGGCGGGCUGGCUACCCGUGCGGUACGCUGUAUGGACACCCUGAAGGACGGCCGUCAACAGUGGCUACACGACAGCUUCUGUCCCUUCCCCAAGCCGUCCACCUCACGGCCGUGUAACACGCACAUCUGCCCCAAGUGGUACGCGGGGGAGUGGUCUCCGUGUAGCGCGACAUGUGGCUGGGGUGAGCAGGUGAGGGAGGUCGUCUGCCGUCACGAGGGUGAGAUGUUCUGUGACAUCACCACACAGCCUGUCACCCGCAGGAACUGUACCACCAUCUUUCCCUGCAACGACCCUGACGACCCACGACACAUAGCAGAACAUGACUACAAUGGUCGUCAAGAGCUGGUAUACAACAGCCCAUUUAAAAACGAGAUCAUUAUCAAAGACGACGAGACAAAACUACAGGACCUCCAGUCGCCCAAGUAUGUCGUCACCGAGUGGAGCCCCUGCAGUGCGACCUGUGGCACGACCUAUCGCAGCAGGUAUGUGCGCUGUCAGGUGCAGCUGCAGUACAUAAAGGCAGUGGAGGAUCUACCUGACACUGAAUGCACAGGUGAGAAGCCGGCAGUUACUGAGGCUUGUGACCUGAAACCGUGCUACAAGGAUUACAAAUGGGUGUCCAGAGGUUUAGGGCCUUGUAGUAAAACUUGCUCUCGUGGAAUACAGGAGUCACAGCUGGAUUGUGUUUACAAAAUAAAUAACUCGGUCGUGCCAGAUCAUUUUUGUGCUUACGCAGAAAAACUGAGAACAGAGAGGCACUUUUGCAAUGAUGUAGCCUGUCCACAAAGGUGGAAAAUAGGUGACUUCAGUGAGUGUUCCAGCACCUGUGGAGGGGGGACUAUGAUCAGGAACGUGACCUGCAUCCAGGAAGUAAACGUUGACAUGAAUCAGAUUUUAACCCUGCGAGACAACAUGUGCAGCCAGCCCAUACCCCCCAGGGUCAGGGAGUGCAACACUCAGCUGUGUCCAGCUAACUGGGCCACAGGAUACUGGUCAGAGUGUUCAGUCACCUGUGGGUCAGGUGUCCAGCUUCGUCCCGUGGUCUGCCAACGAGUGAGCCAAGAUGGAGGUCCAGUAGAUGUGGACGAGUACCACUGUCCACCCACAGAAAAACCAGAAUCCGAAACUGUAUGCAACGCCUCUGCAUGUCCUGAAAUAAAAAUAAAAGAAAAACACAUCAAAUUUUUUCAAAUCAAUAAAAUAGACAAGAUCCGUGUGUAUGUGGGUGGAGAGGCUGCCGUCCUGCCCAGUACAACCAUUGUUAUCAUGUGUCCAGUAAAAGGAGCCAGCAAACACAGAGUUGAGUGGCUCAAAAAUGACCGACACAUCAAAAAUGGACCAAGGCUUCAUUUCUCUAAUAAAGGAAAUCUGAAAAUCAUAAAAAGUCGUCCUGAUAAAGAUACAGGAAAAUAUACCUGCUUAGUGGAGAAUAAAAGAGCUUCUGUUCAAAUUGUCUUUUCCAAUAUAUAUGACAUACUACAGGAAUCAAUGGAGAGAGAAAAACAUUUGUUGGAAUUUAUGUCCAAUGCAUCAAAAAUGAACACGUCGACAAAAUAUUUAGAUCCAUUUGAUAGAAAACUGCGGCCCCUUCAACUAGUGGUCAGCAACUGGACAGCCUGUUCAGCUACUUGUGGGCGGGGAGUUCGACAAAGAAAUGUGACUUGUGAAAUAAUUACUGACAAUUACUUUGAGAUUUUCUCGUUAAAAGUUUGUCAAAAUGCCGGCCUGGAGGUGCCAGACACGACAGAGAAAUGCAACUUAAAACCUUGCACUAAGUGGAUUGCCAAAGACUGGUCUCCUUGUUUGGAGAAUGGAUGUUUCAAGGAAGGUUACUCUAAAAAAGUGAGGACAGUUUUGUGUACAAAAGAGAAAAACACAAUUCCUGUCCAUGAAAAGUUUUGUGAUAACUCUACUAGACCUGUGCUAGAGAAAGAGUGUAGGAAACCAUCUUGUCACCCAGCCUGGAAUACCUCAUCAUGGUCUGAGUGCAUGUCGGAGUGUGGACAGACGGGCUUUCAGACGAGGAUGUUGAUAUGUGUAUGGGAAGGCACUACGUUGUCAGCAGGCAGGAACUGUGAGGGCCUGGUCCGCCCUGUUGUCACCCGCCCAUGUUUUAAUAACUGUACUAAUGGUAUGUGGACUUCAAACUUAAAGCAGAUAGGUCUAGAAUGUGUGGACAACUCUACCUACUGCAGCAUAGUCCCCAUGAUGAAGCUGUGCAGAUUCAGCGCCUUCAUCAAGGAAUGUUGCCACAGUUGUAACAUCAUCACUGAGGACCCCCCCUCCUGACAUUUCCCCAGGGGUAAAACCUAUCCUGGGUAAUACGACUAAACUUACUGACAACAGAAUGUCAAACUGGCUUUAGAUUUUGAUGACGCUGUUUCCUGGUUGAAAUAAACCACCUGACAUUAUCUGAAGUCAGUGAAAGAUUACGAAGACACAGAAAGCAGAUCUCAUGUACACAGAAAGCAGGUUUUGUGUUGCAACGUUAUCUUCAUAAACCAGCUGUUGUCUGAGACAGGAUUGAUCAUCCGAAUAUUUUAGAUCAUAGAGUUAUAAAUUGAUUCUUUCACUAAGGAUCAUCUAUCAAAAUAUCAUUUUUGAUAUUCAUCAUUCAUAUCAAUAUAUUUGUGCAGUAUCCUGAAAGUUUUUCUAAUACUCAUAUUUGAGAUAUUACCCAUCUCAUUACUUAUGUAACCAUGGUAACAUCAACAUGAGUGAAUUUGUUUUGUUUUCUUUAUAUUUAAAUCCACCUGUUUGCUUGGUAUGGAAAAUAACUGAACAAAAGUCUAAAAGUGUAAGAUAUACGUGAAUGUGAUGACUGAGGAGGCUAAAUGAGAGGUACAUUUUCUGAAUAUUUAUUAUUGGUUUUGUGAGCUCUAUAUUUCAUAUGGGAUGUGUAAUAAUGUUGGUACUUAUUUUAUAGGAUGGAUGAUG